AUGCUGCGGAGAAUGCGAAGUUUGUGCUGGUUGCUGCUGCUGCCUUUGGUUGUGGGAAUCCAUCCAGAAUGCAAGAUAUUUCAGCAGGUGGUGAAAGAAGAAGCACUCUGCUUAGAAAGGAACGAAUCUGUUUCACCUGAUCUUAAAGGAUGUGCCAGAGAUUGGGAUGGUCUAAGCUGUUGGCCCAGAGCUGCUGUGGGGGAAAUAGUUAAAAUUCCUUGUCCAAGAUUUUUUGAAGAAAUCACCAAUAUCCAUGGCUUCCUUCAGAGAAACUGCACAAAGGAGGCAUAUUGGUCAGAACCAUUCCCAUCAUAUGCUGUUGCCUGUGGAUUUGAUGAAGGUUCCAGCAAAGGUCCUGAGGAUCAGAAAUCAUAUUAUUCUGCAUUUUGGCGUGUCUACACUGCUGGCUAUGCAGCAUCAGUGACUACACUCAUUACAGCUCUAAUUGUCUUUGCUGCCUUCAGAAAGUUCCAUUGUACACGGAAUUACAUCCAUAUGCACCUGUUUGUCUCCUUUAUCCUGAGAGCAAUUGCUGUUUUCACCAAAGAUGCCGUUUUGUUUGCAGAUGAAACUAUGGACCACUGCCUGAUGUCAACGGUAGCUUGUAAGGCUGCAGUGGCAUUCUUCCAGUUCAGUAUUUUAGCCAAUUUCUUCUGGCUUCUUAUUGAAGGAAUAUACCUUCAGACACUGCUUUUGCUGACCUUUGUUUCGGACAAGCAAUACGUAUGGUGGUUCAUCUUUGCUGGCUGGGGAGCUCCCACUGCUGUGAUGCUUACUUGGGUCCUCACAAGACUCCAUCAACAAAACACAGGAUGUUGGGAUGAUGAUGAAAAUGGAGUGGUGUUAUGGAUCAUCAAGGGCCCCAUUCUGUUAACUGUACUGGUUAACUUCAUUAUAUUUAUUAAUGUCAUCAGAAUUCUAGUCCAUAAAUUGAAAUCUCAAGAGGGAGGGGGGAGCAAUUCAAGCCACUUUGUGAGACUUGCUAAAUCUACGUUGCUCUUGAUCCCACUCUUUGGAGUGCACUACAUCGUAUUUGCAUUUUUCCCAGAGAGCACUGGUUUGGAAGCUCGACUUUACAUUGAGCUAGGCUUGGGUUCCUUUCAGGGCUUUUUUGUUGCACUUCUAUACUGCUUCUCAAAUGCGGAGGUUCAAAGUGAACUCAAGAAGCAGCUGUGCAAAUGGCGGUAUCAAGAAUACCUGAGCUUCACACACAAACAUGGGACUGUGUCCAAAGAAAACAGUCCAGUCAACUAUGUCACUCAGUUAUCACUGCUUGAAAAAAUCAGUCCAAAAAGGAAAACACCUGCCAACCAGAAUGGUGUAACUUCUGUCUGA